AUGGGCGCACGUAUUGCCUUGCUGCUGUUGUUACCCUUGAUCCCUGGCGCUCUUACUUUGCGGAAACCUCCACCGGGAGCGAUCACGAUCGGGAAGGGGGGACAGUACGUUAACCUGUCUUCUGCACUUCAAGAUACGUCCAGUUUGGAAUAUUUUGUCUUUGAGGGGACUUACACGGAUACGGCCGUCAUCACUCGGGACCAUGUUCGCAUUUACGGGCAAACUAACAUUCCAGAUUCAUACCUCGGCAACACGGUUACCAUUACGAACAACAUCCCCGCGUCGCAAGCGGGAUCUAACGACAAAUCCGGGACGGUGCAAGUACACGCUGCCAAUGUCUCGUUGUACAACUUGAACAUAGCCAACACAUAUGGCAAGCCCGUCGUGCAGGCCCAGGCAAUUGCUCUCAGCGUCCAAGGUGGCCAGUUUGGCGGGUACGGAUUGAAGAUUUCGGGAGACCAGGACACGUUGCUUGCUAAUGUCGGGACCCAGUACUACGCGAAUAGCUUGAUCGAGGGCGCGGUUGACUUCAUUUUUGGGCAGCACGCGUCCAUCUGGAUCACGCACUCUGUCAUCCAUACCAUUGCCGACGGCAACAUCACUGCGUCCGGCCGUGGCAGCGAUGACGCGUUCUGGUACGUUAUCGACCACUCGACCAUCCUAGGGAACGGCACGCAGACAUACCUGGGGCGGCCGUGGGGUGCGUUUGCGCGCGUCGUGUACCAGCACUCCUGGCUUCCAAAGAGCGUGCCCGCUGUCGGCUGGGCAGAGUGGCAUCCCGAUGACGAGCGCAUCUCCAACGUGACAUUCGCCGAGUACGCCAACAUCGGCCCCGGGGCCGCCAAACCUGGCCAGCGCGCCAACUUCAGCACCCAACUAACCUCGCCGAUCUCAAUCCACACCGUCCUCAACACCACGUCGUGGAUCGACCCUGCGUUCUUGCACCGCGACAGCCCCUUCCCCUAAAGUCGACAAUCAGUCUAGGCCAUUUGAAAAAAUCCUGCGUUAGGGAUGGGAUGAGGAUCGGUCAACCUGGUAGUGGCUUCUUACAGUAACAAACGUAUCGUUCACUAUUUGUAAAGC